CACUGAAAUGUAUGUAUCCUGAGCCUGUAGUCGUGUGUCUCCAUCUUUGGUCUAGCGAUUACCAAAUCUGUCAGUUGAUCGCAAUUAGGUCGAUGACAGGUGUCAGAUUUGCGGAAUGAUCGUGUGACAUUCCUGAAAUCGGAAGGGUUAGUUUUUUAAUCCCAGUUUUUUUAUCGAGCAACAAGGCCAUAAACUUCAAGAGUUGUCGGAUCGAUUUAAAACAUAACAGGAUGUCGAGUAUAGAGUUACUGGAAGAAAGAGUCGCGGCAUUGGAGAGUCAAGUAUUCAAUGCAGAAAAUCAGCCUAAAAUUGACGAUCCACCUCCUGAAAGUUCUGUUGUUGAUAAUGUGCUACAUGCAUACACCUUCAUUUCAUCAGCAUUUUCUGGUCGAGAAAAAGCAAAUGCUGUUUUGAAACGAAUUCAAGAACUAAAUUCAUACUUGGAUCCCAAUUUUGAAAACACGGAUCUGCAAAUAGAAGCUAAGGUAGAACUUAUUAUGACCUUGGAGCCAGAACUUAGAGAGAACUUGCAAAUGUUAACAAAACUUGAAGAGCUCUUGCCAAUAUUAGAGUCAGAUAGGUAUCGUAAUGUACCAGAGGCUACUACGAAGCUGAAUAACCUGACACUAGCGUACGCUAAACUGCAUGAAGAAUCAGAAGAGCUGACUUCAGAAAUUCGUGAAGUUUUUGCUAAAUAUAAUUCUAUCAUCAAUAGUAUCUCCAAAUCCCUAAUCAUACUAGAUGCUACUGUAACGGCUGUAGAGAAUGCAGCAAUGCCCGUCAAACAGAUUGAUUAAAACUUUUUAUAAGUUCAUUUGUACAGCAAACGUAUUUAAAUGUCCUUAAUUUUGAGGAUAUAUCAUUUAUUUUUGCGGAGGUAUCUAGCAAUUUUACCUUCACGUGGAGAGAAGCUAUUUCAUAUUGGAUAUAAUGAAGCAUUGUCAAUUUUCAUUGUAUCCUGCAUUGUUUGAUGUCAAAUCAUGAUUUGGAAUUAACAACAAUAACAAGCCGUAAAAUAUUGCAUUAUUAUUAAAUUUACUGAUUUUUCUUUCUUAAGAUAUAAAAAUACUUAGGCACUCAUCAUUGACUAUAUGCAUACAUAAACGUGUAUUGACGUUAUAAUUCCAUAACAAUGUAUUAAAAUAGUUAUAUAUUAUAUACAUUUAUCCUA